AUGGGUCCACCUCGUCGCAAAGUUCUGGCCACGGCCGAGGAGACCAUGACCCCUCCUGACGAACUGACCGAAACACAACUGAUCGUGCGGGCGAUCAAGGCUACCGGAAACAACAUUUACCUGAUUGAAACCCCAGACAAGCAGCAGAUGCUGGUCGAAUUGCCGGCGAGAUUUCGGUCGACUUUCUGGAUCAAGCGCGGCUCCUAUAUGGCAAUCGAUACCAAAGCAUCGGAGGAGCGGGACAACAAGAUUGGUGGCGAGAUUAUCAACAUUGUGCGGGAUGAGAAAGCAUGGAGAAAGGCUUCCUUCUGGCCGAAGGAAUUUGUCAAGCAGCCAGUGUUUACCGGCGGUGACUCCGACUCCGAGGAGGAAUCUCGAGUGGGCAAAAUGCCUUCAUCCGAUGAAGAUUCUGAUGCUUGA